AUGGCUCCCACCGCACCAGUCCUCCCCACCCGAUUCCCCUGCUGGUGUCAGGCUGUAUACUCAUGGGGUGGAGAGACAAAAAGAGACUUGGGAUUUGUGGAGGGUGACCUUAUUGAAUGCUUGAAUGCUGGUGACGGAUCAUGGUGGACCGGCCGUCUACGUCGAAACAAACGUAUGGUUGGCGUGUUCCCCUCGAACUUCGUCAAGGUGCUUGGAGAUGACUUUGCCCCGGGUAGUCGGUCCAUCAGCCCAAUGCCUGGCGGUCCUGCUGGAUCGACAAUGAAUUCACUCCGUUUAUCAGCCUCCAAUUCUGCUGCUGAACCCCCUAAGAAACAGAAAACCGUAUUUCGCAAGCCAUUUCAGGGUUACAAAGAAGUUGUCGGACCUUCGGAAACGUUGCGGAUUAGACAGAAUGAGGAAAAUGUUAACAAUAAUAAUAAUAACAAUAAUUGCAACAACAACAACAAUGGGCCAAUGGUUUCAUCUUUACAAAAUUCAUCGACACGGGAGAGCUCCAGUUCAGCGAGAACUCCACCCUCGUUAACUAAGCAUCGUGAAUCUUCCUCACGCGGGUCCCCGCACUCUGUUUCCCCCGCUGCACCUAAACAUCAAAGCUCCAUUUCUAGCUCCAUCCCCCCUUCACACAUGCAACAGUUUGGAUCCAUUUCCCGUCCAGUUUCUCCUUUGCCUUUGCAACAUUGCGGGUCUAUUUCCAACCAGGCCCGCCCUGUAUCUCCAACCCAAAUCCAAAACCGUGGUUCAUUCUCUUAUCGCCCUCCCUCCGUUUCUCCUGUGGCGAUAGAACACCAUCCGUCAGUAACCCGUGCUGUGUCUCCUUCACCCAUGCACCAUCGUGGUUCUUUCAAUCACCAUCAUCCUCUUCCCCGUUCAAUCUCUCCAGCACCACCUAUACAGCACUGGGAGCCCAUAUCCCAUUCUAGGUCUCCUUCCCCUAUGCCACCUCAGGGUUCUUACUCCGACCUAUCUCGUGCGGUUUCUCCAGCUCCAAUUCAGCAGAGUGGUUAUUUUUCCCAUGGCCAUCAUCCAUCUGAUGCCAAUUCUUCAGCUCCAGUUCAACACUCUGGGUUUAUAUCCCAUGCUGGGUCUCCUCUCGCCAUGGAACACCGUGGCUCUUUCUCGCAGCCUUUUCAUCAUGCCGCUUCCCCUGCACCACCUUCAGAUGCUGAGUCUCCUCCACCUCCACCUCCCCCUCACCGAAUUUCUGUCAAAAGCCAACCAUCACCAAGGCACACCAAUCCAUCACCUAUUUCUGCACCUUAUUCUAUGAAUUAUGUGUAUCCAAUGAUAUCCAGGACCCCUUCUCCACAUUCCCACUCUCCUGCGGUUUAUGGCCACACUCCAUCUCCGCUUAGAGAUGCCAUGGAAGAUGUCAUGUCCUCAUUACAAGAUAUGGGUCUUAAUCAUGAUGACGCUUCUCCCGAGCCGCAUCGAUGUCGCUCUCCCUUCCAUCCAUGGUCCCCAGAAGCCUUCGACCAUCUUCAAGAUCAUACCGCGCCUAAUCCAAUCCACCGCCCCAUGACCUCCCUGGGACUGGGUGACGGCAAUAGUCAGCAAUUUGAGAAUAAUCAUUCUAGUGCACAGGAUCAGCACCUAGAUGGUCCACCCCAGUUGAAUAAUUACGUUCAGAGGAUGGAAAGCAGACUCCGGCAGCUGCACGCACAAAAUAGGAAAUACUCAGACGAACUUCACAUGACACCUGGGAGUAAAGGCCUUCCACUAACUCCGGCUACAAAAAGCCCUAUUCAUUCCAAACCAGAGUCCUUUUCAAAUCAAAGCAAUCAGGGACCGCGACUAAGAACUCGAAAAUCGGCAUUCGAACUUGAUAAAGAUGUUCUUGAGCGAACAUUCACAACAAAAUCUAGCGCUACCAAUUCUUCCAGUGGUGUACAAAGCGAUGCGACAACCAAUUCAUCCAGCACAAGACGUACUCAUCAUAGCGUGAUGAGUGGCCUAUCAGCUUCAGGAUUAAGCGCUACUAGCGCCGCAAGCUUUGCACGGCAUAUAAGUAGACCAAAUACCUCCAUGGGUACAUUCCGUCCCUCUGGAUUAAUUGGCUCUGAUAAAGCCUCUAACAGCAGCAUGCGGCCCCAAACACCUCUGACAGGGAUUUCUUUCCAUUCCAGCCACGAUUCUUCGAGACAAGGAGCAACUUCGGCUGUUGGAUGGAACGAAUAUAAUAAAGACGUAACAAGUAUGUACGGCGGUCUUACCACGCUUAAGACCAAAAAAACAGGUUUCCUCAAGAAAAUUCUUGAGUCUGCCAAAACAGGGGCUGCGACAGCCCGGAGUAAUAUUGUUUCAAGUUCCGGGGGAGCCGCAUCGCCAACUAAAAGUCGCGUGGCUUUGGGGAUAUCAUCACAGGCAUCACCUCACUCUGGGAAAAAUGUUGCAAAAGAAAAUGGAUUGGGUGGAGCAGUGGACUGGGUUCAGGUACGAAGAGAUGUCAACAGGUCUACAACACCAAGCCGUCAUGAACUGGUUGAGAUGGCAGAAAGGUGCCAAAUGCUUGACUACCCGGUAAUAUAUGCAGUUGAGGAGCUCUAUGAAGGUGCAGAGGGGGAUGAGGGAAUAGACGGAUUACCGAUAGCGGAACCGACUAAUUGGGCUGCAGUGAAUUUGCAGCUUGUUGACAAAAGUGUCCGCUUUAUCAGUAGCCUACCACCAAUACUAAACCCGACCAGUCUAUCUCAAGGGUAUGUCUGUCGUCCGCACCGCAGUGAUGGACAGCGGUUGCGUGCAAUAUUUACAUGGGUUGGGGAAAGGAUUGCAUGGGAUGAUGACGUCGAUGGGAGUGUCAACUUGAAAAGGGUCUUACAGAUGAAAAGAGGAAGUUCUCAAGAAGUUGCCCAUCUGGUACGGGAAAUGUGCUCUGCUGUUGGAAUGCACGCUGAGGUUGUGCAUGGCUAUCUCAAAACACCAGGAGAGCAACUGGAUCUUGACUCCCUAUCGCGUCCAAACCAUUGGUGGAAUGUGGUACUUAUAGAUGGAGAAUGGAGGAUCAUGGAUUGCUCUUUGGCCAGCCCGACUCACCCUCGAAGAAGUUUGUAUUCAAGCUUUAAUUCCCAGGUUGCUGAGCCCUGGUACUUCCUAACUCGUCCAAUGGAGAUUUGCUACUCUCACGUUCCUCUUAAUCCUGAGCAGCAGAAAAUCUGUCCUCCCGUGUCUCCCGAUGUUCUACUGGCGCUGCCUUGUGUUUGUCCGCCUUUCUUCAAGAACGGUCUUCGGUUUCCUAGUUAUGAUACAAGUCUUAUCCGAAUCAAUGGGCUUGAGGUAGUCCAUGUCCGUGUUUAUGUACCGCCAGACGUUGAGUGUGUCGCAGAGGUUGAAGCCCUUGCGUUUGACCGCGAUAACGAUGGGGACUUCUUCGAGACUGGCGACACGGUCAAGAAACGUGCGCUUGCUCAGCCGGACUGGAUUGGUGGACAGAAGCGAUUUACGAUCAAGGCUAUGUUGCCUGGAGACGAGGGACAGGGUGUUUUGAAAGUAUAUGCCGGAAAGAAGGGACUAAUGCAUUCCAUCAAGGAUAUCCCUCACCCUCUAGCGUUUGCGCUUCCGAUUGUUCACACAGGAGAUAACCCUCCCUACGAGUUUAUACUUCGCCAUCCGACACCUCACGCCCAACGUCAUGACCUUUACGUCAUCCAACCACAAUGUUUCAGACUUGCAGUCAAUAACACCUUUGUCUUCGCCGUCCGCCAACACCCGUCAUCGCUCCCCUCAAAUCCCAGUGAUGGUAACUGCCACAUCUCGCAAAACCCCUUCGCUCGUCCCGCCAGUGCUCUCAGCAUGACAUCCUCCGUCACAGGCUCAAACGCAUCGACAGGCUCCUCAUACAUAAAUCAAACCUUCUCUUCCUCCACCUCCAAUGUGUCGUUGACCAACAAGCAGUCGCAGCAGCAUCCCUAUAAGCCUGCGAAGCUAGCCAUACAAGCUCCGUCGGGGAGGAUAUUAAGACUGACGCGCAAGUCCGAUAAUAUGCUCACCACAAGUACUGGUGGUCGCGAUUUGGGAGAUGAAGGUCCUCCCGACGGCAGCGUAUGGGAAACGGUGAUCAAGGUUGGUGAGAGGGGGGUUUGGAGGGGUUUGGUGCUUGCUGACCGCAGUGCGAGGUGGUGCGUUUUUGGGGAGUGGGAAUGUUUCUGA